UUGCAGACACAAGCAGCAGUCAAGUAUGACUUCAACAUGCACGCCAGCUACCGUCUACAGGUGCUUCAGACAGAGAUGAGCAGACUGGCUAGAAAUGCUGCUUGUGCAAGUGUCAUGGCUGAUCCGGUAUCCUUUUGGCGCAGUCAGCGCUCUAACUCUACAAAUUUCACAGCUGCUACAGAUCUAAAACGCCUUCAGGUAGCCGAAAGAUGUGAAACAAUUCCUAUAGCUGGUUUCCUGAAAACGCCGCCUAUGCCAUUUUUGUACAGUUUUGAAAAACCCUACUUGGAGGACCCGCCUGUUACAGACAUUUUGAAAGUGUCCAAUGAAAGCACAUCCAGUGUAGUUCUUGUCAACAGCAGUUCCAGUUUUUUCAUAGGAGAGACCGUGGCGUUGUUGAUAACAGUGAGAGAUAGAGAAGGAAAUCCUAAAACCAAGGGCGGGGACGAUGUUCGGGCGUGGUUUACUGAUGUCUCAUCCUCCAACUCCACGCUUCCGGCCAAGAUCACAGACUACGGCAAUGGGACAUACUUAGCUAGAGCUGUGUUAGCUUUUGUUGGGACUUUUAGGGCUUGUGCAAUACUGGCCUACAGCAGAGAAUAUUUACAGACAGUGCUUACAAACCAUCUUAUGGUCAAAUCUACUCUCAUCUUCCUUGGAGUAUUCAGCAACUCGCUAGCAAACGAAACAAGCGUCUGUUGCCACGUGCCCGUUAUCCCAGGAGUGAACCAGUCCGAGAUCUGUAAUCUGACUGAGGUCAACGGCACCCCUUGGUUCUGCGGCCACCCGGUCAAACCUUGGCUGAAGUGCACUGAUUAUAUUCGAACGCGAAAGCUGAAGACCCCAUUGACUAUGCCAAUGAAUAACGCUGAGAAAUUGCUGUUUUCAAUGGACAUCAAAAAGUUCACCAUUCCUGCAGCUUCAGACAUAACGUUAAAUGUAUCAGUUGGAAAAGACAACAAAAGGUUGACAAGGCUGACCUCAUCUACCAACUGCUCCGCCAUCUCCCCUAGACAGACCUGGGAACAACCAGAACCCACUGGUUACAUGUACAAGGGUUUGUGGCAUCCAUAUUUCUGCCGUCGCCCAGAAAGUUUCACCAAAAGCUGCCUUCGGAACGUUCAUAUACUUUUUCUGGGAGAUUCUAACGGCAGACAACUUUAUGAAGAUAUAUCACCACGAAGUUCGUGUCAAGAACAAAUCAAAAAGGGAUAUAAAGCUUGGCAUAAACCACUGAAGUGCAUCAGCAAGGACCUCAACUUUACUUUAGAAUGGAUACCACAUUCAAAUCCUUUCAGGGCAACAGAUACAGGCUGGGCUGAACUUGAGUGGAUAAAAGCUUCCAAUAAAGUUAUAGAUGAGAUCCCAAACACUGGGAGAUGCCUAGUUCACAUCCAUCACUACCUCCACACAGCCUGCACUCAUCUCAGCGCUUAUAUUCAUAUGAUGACCGCCAUCAAGGAAUCUCUCGUGAGGCUGUUGAAAAGAAAUCCAAGCGUCGUUGUCGUUAUACAAGGACCUCAUGUUAUUUGGCAGUCGGGAUCCAGGGCAGCGUGUACUAAAUUGGACUCUCAAAGACUUUUUUAUACCACGGUACUUUUAGAGUUGUUUAAAGAUAUGAGAGAUCAAGUUUUUUACCUGCAGACUUCAGACAUGACCAUAGCGUCACAUAAUAACGACAAUCAUCCGCCUCUGAAGUGGCAGAUCUCAAAUAUGCUGACAGGAUUUAUAUGCGGUAGACAAUGGUGA